AAGCCACUCCUGCUGAAUCGGUGUGAGUGAGUGUGUAUGAGCGUGUGUGUGUGUGUGUGUGUGUGGGGCGUUCACUCUUUCUCCUGCCACAGUAGCAACACAUUGCAGCAGCGUCGCCCCGAACAAAAGGCUAAACGCAGCAGAGCCGCAGGAGGGGAAACUCAGGGAUAGAAGCAGGCAGAGUAGCCCAGCGUGACUGCACUUCUCAGGGAGGAACUCAACCUGCCAUUUAGCCCUGCUGGCCCUGGAGUGGAGACAGGACGGUACACUAGACCAGCCCACGCUGCCUGUCUGUCUGUCUCUCUGUCAGUGCUGAGGAGCACACCCUGUUACUGACAGCUCUGUCUGUCAUUCAUACACCUCAGUCUCUCUCAUCCUUUACUGAGAUUCCUGCACCUGCCCUUCUUCACCUGGGCGUCCUUCCUGUUCAUCCACCUGUCCUCCGAGAUGUCAGACGAUGACUGCCGCUCGCCCAUCGGCCUGGACUGCUGCAGUUGCUGCCUGGACCUGGCCAACGGCGGUGACGACUCCAUGUCUGGCAGUCCGGCUCAGGGCCUCAGUACUACGGGGGGCCUGCCGGGAAGCCCCACCAGCCCCAGUGUCAAUCACUUCCGCCAGCUCCGCAACCAGCUGAUGUACCAGAACCUGAACACGGACAAGCUGAACAACAUCAUGAGGCAGGACUCCCUGGAGUCAGUUGUGAGAGACCCCUGCUUCCUUCUCAAUGAAGGGAUCUGCAACAGCAACAUUGACCAGACCAUGCUGUCUAUACUGCUCUUCUUCCACAGUGCCUCUGGUGCUAGCGUUGUGGCCAUCGACAACAAGAUUGAACAGGCGAUGGAUCUGGUCAAGAACCACCUGAUGUAUGCCGUGCGUGAGGAGGUGGAGAUCCUCAAAGAGCAGAUCAAAGAGCUGGCGGAGAAGAACAACCAGCUCGAGAGGGAGAACUACCUGCUGAAGAACUUGGCCAGUCCAGAACAGCUGGAGAAGUUCCAGUCUCGCAUCCCGACAGAUGUGCUGUUACCCCUGGAUAAUCAGAGUGCCCAGGUGACCCCGGACCAGCAGCAACAGCAGCAGCAGAAGACCUGCAACCUCAGCACUGGCUCUGCUGUAUAAGUGGCUCUGCCUUGGGGCGGGCAGAGCCACUGUCUCCUUACAGUAAUGGACCUCCAUUUGAAUGAAAGUAUUACAAAAUCGCCGCUGAGAUCCCUUCGAAAUAAUGAAGGCGAAGCAUCAGGGCUGUAAAUGAUCGAUGGGACACAAAAGAACUGCUGACACUGAUAAGCACAAAACAGAACUUAAGAUGCUCUGACCGGUGCGGUGUCAGGCCCGUCCUCUGAUACCGUCCAACUCUUUGUCGUAGUCUCUCUUUGUAGACAAAAGCGCUAAGAAUAGAGAGAGGGCUGACUAGUCACCGACGAGCGCUUGCUUACAGACAGAGGGGUGGGGUGGGGGGCUUUCCCUGCCUAGCCAAACCCUUCCAACAAACACCCUUUGCCCAAGAGAGGGGCGGGUGAGGAGGUGUUGAUCGGGCUGGCCCUGCAGGUGCUAACUUGGAAAGUGUGCGGGGGAAGUUUGCUCCCUGCUCACCCAGAGGAGACCCAUCCGAGACGGUCCUCCAAGUCUCAACCAGAAAAGCCCCAUCGUGCAGAUUUGUCCGGUCACAAAAUACAAGUUUCAAGGACUCCCAGCCACACGUUUCAGCCACAUAACGAAGACUUUUCCUGUACCUACGAUGUAUUACUCAUGUGUUCAUAUACAUUUGUUCAUGCAUAACACGAAUAAUCAACAGGAUAAGCUAAAGGCAAGAGAGGUGGAGGUUAAUGCAGUAUAGCCUAUUAGAGCUGGUGGACCGCUGCAGUAGACUGAUCAGUAUACUGUAAUGAUUCAGAUAAUGUAAUCCUGUAUUGUCUGCAGUUGGGGCUUGCUGCUUUUGGGGGAAAUUAAUCCUGCUAUAUCUUCUGUUUUUGUGAUUCUGAACAAAAAUCAGUCGUUGUAAAAUAGGAGCAUUGUACAGUGGUCUUAAAAGAUUUUGUUUGUAUGCUGGGGCGUCAGGCAUAUCUGCGCACCUAGUUUGCCUAGCUCUUCACAUUAAAGGAAAACUACAAUGUAAAUAACAGUCAAAACGUCCUGAGGUAAAGGCAGUGGAGAUGAGUGAGCAAUCAGACCCCCUGCAUUUCUCGCUGCACAUGCACUCCUGAUUUUUAGCAGCGUCGUCCAGUAUCUGGUCCGUUUUUAAAUGCUCAGAUGCCAACUUGAAAAACGAUGGCAUGACAACAGUGCCUGUCCGUAGUAAGAGAGGAACACGUUUCCACUCUGUUGUUGUUGUUUUCUAGCUACCAAAGAUUUCGCCUUUUUUUUGUUUUGUUUUGUUUUUUUGUUUUCAACAACAACAGGAGUCGAGCAAACCAGGACCAUGUGUAAAACUUCACAGGGAGAAGUCUUGUUUGUAGCUAGUGCUAAAGUUUCUAUGUGUUUGUAAAGAUAACGGUAUUGUUGCUGUACAGUAUCCUGGAAACGGUUGUUCACUAUGGUGUUUGGAUACGACUGCACAUUUGCAAUAAACCUUAUGUUUACAUAAUACAA